AUGGAGCGGCCGCAACGAGUGCCCGAGGGUGCGGCGACUUUGUCGACGGAGAAUCCCCAAGCGACCAUAGAGCCCCUCCAGAUCUCCGAGAAUUUGACCCCUCUGUCCGUUCAACGCUCGCCCCGGCGGAAUGCUGGGAUAGUCCUCAUGCUUUGUCUUGUGAUGUUUAUUUCCGCGCUCGAUCAAACCAUCGUGGCGACCGCGAUUCCUGCCAUGACAAAGGACUUGCACUCCGCAGCCGGUUACACCUGGAUUGGUGCGGCGUAUUUACUGUCCAUGUGUGCAGUCAACCCCAUGUGGGUCCGCAUCAGCGACAUCUGGGGUCGCAAACUGGCGGUCUUGGGCGCGAUCAUCAUCUUCGCCGUCGGGAGCACAAUUGCGGCCGCAGCUAUCGACAUGCCCAUGUUGAUCGCUGGGCGCGGCGUGCAGGGUCUUGCGGGCGGGGGAAUUAUCUCCCUAGUCAAUAUCAUCAUUGCGGAUCUCUUCAGCAUGCGGCAUCGCUCGCUGUACAUCAGCGCGACCGCUCUUGUCUGGGUCCUCGCUGGCACCACGGGACCAGUCAUUGGAGGCGCGUUGGCGCAGUAUGCCUCCUGGCGCUGGUGCUUCUGGAUCAAUCUCCCCGUUUGUGGCCUCGCCUUCAUUAUUCUCGUGCUGUUCCUGGACCUGCACAACCCGCGGACCAAGCUUCGUGACGGCCUCAAGGCCGUGGACUGGUUCGGCAUUGUCUCCAUCCUGACGGUCAUCCUUCUCCUCCUCCUAGGACUCGACUUUGGUGAGGUGACCUUCCCCUGGGACAGUCCGACCGUCAUCUGCAUGAUCGUGUUUGGCUCGGUGUUGUUUGGCUUCUUCCUCUUUGCCGAGAAACGCCUCGCGCGGUUUCCCUUGCUGGACUUGCGGCUGUUCCGGGAGUGGUCCAACAACGCAGUCAUUCUCGUGGCAGCGUCGCACAGUAUGGCCACGAGAGGCUCGGAGUACUACCUCCCCUUGUACUUCCAAAGCGUCAAGGGCGCCUCUCCGACCAAAAGCGGUGUGCUGGUGCUGCCGAUGAUGGUCGCCGCGUCGCUGUGCGACGUGUCCGUCGGCGUCCUCAUCCACAAAACUGGCCGCUACCGGGAGUUGAUCUGGGCUGGGACCGUGCUCUUGACCCUGGGCACUGGCCUGUAUGUGAUGCUCGGCAUUGAGACUUCGCUCGCUCAGGUGAUUGUCUUUGAGGUCAUCGGCGGGAUCGGCCUGUCCCUCCUCCUCUCGACUCCAAUGCUCGCCAUCCAAAAUAAUGUCAAGCAGGCCGAUGCCGCCGUCGCAACCUCCACCUUGGGAUUCGUGCGCAGCAUUGCUACCUCCCUAUCGAUUGUGCUCGGUGGGGUUGUCUUUCAGGAUAGCAUGACUGUGCAGCAUGCAUCGCUCGUCGCCGCUGGCCUCAACUCAACCUACCUGGAUGCCUUUUCCGGCGACGAUGCCGCAGCGAACGUGGAAAUGAUUGCCACCAUCGACGAUCCGGUCCAGCACCACGUAGUGCAGAGCGCAUUUGCCUGGAGUCUACGUAAUAUGUUCAUAAUGUACACCGUCGCCGCCGGAAUCGGACUCCUGGCUACUCCCUUCGUCAAACAGCGGUUCAUGAGCGCGGAGCAUACGGAGACAAAGACGGGGAUCGAGAACCUCACAGAGCAUAAGAAGCAGUCCGAAGAUUGA